UCGAAGUGCGCAUACAUAUAUCUUCGAAAUAUAUAGAUAAUAAUAAAUAAAAAUAUUUAUACUAGUUUUUACUAGCUAACUGCUGAACGUCACAUGCAAAGUAUUUUAUCGGAAACAAAUCUAAUUUACUGUCCACAUGUUUUGAAAACCACUACAUAUUCUACAUGAUUGAAAGUGGAAAGUAUAUAUAUAUAAUCUUCACAAAAUAGCCACUUAUGCCUCUUACGUCAAUCGUGAUGCGGUGCAAAAAUGAUAUAUAUAUAUGUGUGUUAUAUAUAGUAAAUUGCAAUCGGCGUAUCAGUGAUACGCGGUUGCAGGCUGUAGGAUAACCUUUGUGCGCGCGCGUAACUCCGUUUUUCGGUACCUCUUCGCAUAUUUCUAUUUGCAUUUUGAUCGCGGAAUCACAAGAGAUUUUCUCAAUUCCAUUGUUAUUAAUCAUAUUACACUGUUACUCCGCAUUCACGACAUGAGUACCAGAUUUACAGGAAUAAAAUUGGGGCCUCCCAUCGAGGUGUUCGCACUACAAAAAUCGUUCAUCGAUGAUACGGAUGAAAACAAAGUUAAUCUUGCUAUAGGAGCAUAUCGCACUAAUGAAGGCAAGCCAUGGGUCCUACCAGUUGUAAAAAAGGUAGAAAAGUUACUUGCUGCCGAUGAUCUGCAAAAUCAUGAAUAUUUACCGGUUCUUGGCUUGGAGGCAUUUAGCGAAGCUGCUACAAGUAUGUUACUAGGUGCAAACUCUCCUGUUAUCGCCCAAGGACGUGCUUUUGGCAUUCAGUCCCUUUCUGGUACUGGGGCAUUACGUGUUGCUGCCGAAUUUUUAAGUCGUAUUCUACAUUAUGAUACCUUUUAUUAUAGCAAACCUUCCUGGGAUUAUGUGUUGAUAGAAAAUCAUAGACUUGUAUUCACUAAUGGAGGAUUUAAAAAUGCAUGUGAAUAUACAUAUUGGAACGAAAAAACCCGUAAUAUCGAUUUAGAAGGAAUGCUCAAUGAUUUGAAAGAUGCUCCGGAAAAUGCUGUAAUUGUUCUGCAUGCGUGUGCACAUAAUCCCACUGGAUGUGAUCCAACUCUAGAACAAUGGGGUAAAAUAGCUGAUCUAAUACAAGAAAAACGACUCUUCCCUUUAUUUGACAGUGCAUAUCAGGGCUUCGCAAGUGGAGAUUUAGAUAAGGAUGCAUGUGCUGUACGAAUGUUUGCUGAACGUGGAAUCGAAUUCAUAUGUACACAAAGCUUUGCCAAAAAUUUUGGAUUAUACAACGAAAGAGUCGGUAACAUAGUUUUUGUGUUGGCUGAUACAAAGGAGCUGAUUCAAACUAAAUCACAAAUAACGUUAAUUAUUCGAGGAAUGUACAGUAAUCCUCCUAAUCACGGUGCUCGAAUUGUUUCUACAGUGAUGAGAAAUCCAGAACUCUUUGAAGAAUGGAGGGACCACAUUAGGACAAUGUCCAGCAGAAUUAAACAAAUGAGAGUCGGUUUACAUCAGAGACUGCUCAAAUUAGGCACCCCAGGUAUUUGGGAUCAUAUUAUCCAACAGAUUGGAAUGUUCUCAUACACAGGGCUCACUGAAAGGCAAGUACAACAUUUAAAAGAGCAUUAUCAUAUCUAUAUGCUACGCAGUGGGCGUAUAAAUAUGUGUGGUCUCAAUGAAUCCAAUUUGGAUUAUGUGGCAAAUGCGAUCGAUGAAACGAUAAAGUUGUUCCCACAAACACAAAGCGAUUGUACGUGUUAAAA